AUGGCUCCCGCAAUGAGACGUAUGGCUUUCUUCGAUGAAAGACUCCCAGCACGCAGCACCGCCACGAGCACACGGACAGUCAUGAAGGGCCCGCCGCACCACCAGACUCGAACUUCCAAGCCGACCGCAGGCUCACCCAAGCAGCCUGAACCACGCGCCGCCGCUCAUCGUCGAGAGCGUGAGCACGGCUAUCGAUCAGAGCCAAUUUUGAAAGACAAUCUUGCAACCGUCAGUUCAGUGAUGAGCAUGCGGACGAAGAUCAUUGAGGCUACAUUUACCACAACUCCAAUAUCCAAGCAGACCGCAAGUCCACAACCCGAGUCGAGGAUAUCACCAGACUUGCUUCCAGACAUACCGACAUGGCUAGCCUGCACGGUUGCCAUCUUCUUCCUCUUGGGUAUCAUCAUGUCGAUGCUGCUGUACUGUGUCAACUUCCCUCCGAAAGUCGCAUGGUCGAGAGAGCGCAGCAGAAACAAGAGGCAUGAGUAUCAAGUUAUCGACCCGCGCAACCUCUGGGUCAAUGAAACCAAUCGUGAUAGCAUCCACGAUUCAUCUCCCGCAGGAAGUGGGUACCAGCCGAAGAAUGUUCCAUCGUCGAACUCAUCAACGCCUCAAGAGCUGCACUACAGGAGGAAUAAGAGAGGCCUGGCAGUGGAAACACGUGCGACAGGCAUUGGCCUCGGACUCGAAGUGCCCACCAUUCGGACAUCGUCACCGUCCUACAGAAAAGUUGCACCUGAUGAUGACGCAAAGGAUGAGCUAUACGAUCCUGCAGCGACUUCGUGGCGCCCUCUUCCAGCUUCACUUCACUCAGACCAGUCGCUGCUCAACUCAACCUGGACAAACGCCGAAGACGACCGCUCAGAUGCGCCGGAGCACGACCUCGAGACUGGCCUGCCGAACAAGAACAGAGGGCCUUGGCUCACGCCAAAACCUUCGCCAUCAGGUUCGGCUUCCUCAAGAUCGUCGUCGUCUUCACAGGUCAGAAUACUUGCCAUGCUGGGCAAUGGAGUCGAGCGUGCAGCAGAUUACUUCGCUCGAGUGCUUGAUGAUCAGGUCCAGAAUGGUGAUGCGGAGGGUGGUCUACUACUUUCAGUGAAAGAUUGUGAGAGGGAGCAGUGGCCGCCACUCGAGAUGGCUCACGUUGGGAAUGCGAAGAAGAGGUGCUGA